CCUUCGACGCUGGGGCUGUUGCAUGGUGCAAGGGUCUCCUCGCCGCGUCCAAAAUACGGGGGCCGGUACACUGUCGCCAUGCUCAGUGGCGAUGGGGUGAGUCCUGAGAUGAUGGAGCACGUGAAAUCUGUCUACCGCGCGCUCGGGGCACCAGUUGAUUUUGAUGAAGUUGCGGUCGGCAAUAACUCUAGUGAAGAGGUGGUGCGGGAGGCAGUUUUAGCUGUGCGAAGGAACGGCGUGGCCUUGAAGGGAAGAAGUAUUCAAUUAGUGCCUCCAUCUCUUCACCUUUUCCUCAUAACCUUUUCAAAUAACCUCAUGAUUCGAAAUGAGCUUGGGCUCUUUGCCUACGUACAACGCUGUUACAAUUUCCCCGGCGUAAUAACCCGUCACAAGGACGUGGACAUUGUGGUGAUUCGAGAGAAUAGUGAGGGUGAAUACAGUCAGCUGGAACACGAGAGUGUACCUGGUGUUGUGGAAUCUAUGAAGAUAAUUACACGUGACAAAUCGGCCAAAAUAGCUCACUUCGCCUUCAACUACGCUCUCCAACACGGACGCAAGAAGGUCACGGCAGUCCACAAGGCCAACAUCAUGAAACUGAGCGAUGGUCUUUUUCUGCAGACCUGUGAAGACAUCUCCAAGCUCUAUCCUGCUAUUCACUUUGAUUCAAUAAUCGUCGACAACUGCUGUAUGCAGUUGGUCAUUCGACCACAGCAGUUUGAUGUGAUGCUGUUGCCUAACCUCUAUGGAAACAUUGUGGGUGCCCUGUGCGCGGGAUUGGUGGGUGGUGCGGGUCUGGCCACAGGCAUAAAUUUGGGCGAGGAUUAUGUCGUCUUUGAAGCCUGUAUACGGAAGCAGGCACAAUCAUUGAAAGGACAGAAUGUCGCCAAUCCUGUGGCUAUGCUGCUAGCAUCGGCAGAUCUAUUGGAUCAUUUAUGUCUGCACGAUAAGUCGAAGAUUCUGCGCAAUGCCAUCGUGGAUACCGUCUCGACGAGGAAUGUGCGCACUCCCGACAUUGGAGGCACGCACACCACUCGUGAUGUUGUCGAUGCGAUCACCUCGAGUGUGCUGGCUCAGAUGGACGAGUAG